AUGAAAAUAAAUUAAUUCAAUCCCAAGACUAAGCAUAGUUAAUUUAGUAGAUCAACUAGGGCAACUUCAAUGUUAUCACUUAAAAAAGUUGAUGAAUCAACACUAGGAACUGUUGGGAACUGGGCAUAGACUACUCUUCCUUAAGUAAAAAAGAAAGAAAAUAAAAUUUUAUCUAUUUAUCAAGAAGAUUAUAAUUUUCUAAGGGAUCAUGAUAAAUUCUUUAAAAUUAAUGAUGAUGAUAAUUCUCCAUAUGCUAAUAGGAAAUAAUAAUCUUUGAAAAUUUUGUCUCAAAUUGAUUUAAAUGAUAUAAACGAUUUAGAAGAAAGAUUUACUUUUGUUCUGAAGUAUUGAUUUAUUAUGUCAAUCAAAGAUAUCUAAGACAAUCUAAAAUAGGCAAUUUGUACAAUGUCGCCGUUUUUACUUAUGCAUACAUUUUAGAAAAGCAGUUUCAAUAUGAUAAAGCAAUCUUAAUUUGGUAAAAAUUCUUAGUAUUUUGCAAUUCAAAUCGAGUUUAUCGUUAUAAAAUUAUUGCAUAUAAACAUCUAGUAGAACUCUCACUUUUGAUUCAAGAUUUUAGGAAAGCAUUAAAUUAUUCUAAAAAACUCAUUAAAUAUACAUUAUUUUUUAAUGAGUCUAAUUAUGAAUUAAAUACAUAUGAUUAAAUAGGCAAAAUAUUUUAUUACACAAAAGAAUAAUAAUUAGCAAAGGCUUUUCAUGAAAAAUUUAUGGAUGGUGAACCUAUGCCAAUAUAAAAUAAGAUUCGAUAAGCUAUUGUUAGGAUGAUUGAAUAUAAUAUUCGAUAAAAAUAAUCAAUAGGUUAAAUUGAUACUGACAGUGAGGAUGAUUUUGAAUUAGAAAAAUUAGUUGAACCAAAAAAUUUAGAAUUUCAUCCUAUUAGAUUUAAAGAUGCACUACUUAAAUACAAACAUUUAUGGGGACAUGUUUAAAAAUAAAGUGAACCCUUAGGACCACUAAAUGUAUUAACAUUUGAUAAAAGAUUAUUUUAAAGAGAAUACUUUACUUAAUUAAGUAAUAAUAAUAGUAUUAAGAGUUUCAUACUUAAUAGCAAUAUCUCUAUAAAAAAGAAUAAUUUAUAAAAAGUCAUUGAUAAAUUAAUAAAUGACAUCUAAUCUUUUUGA